AUGGUUGAUUUUAGUGUAUUACAAGGUGAUUGUGAUGGCCAGACUGUGGUUUCGCUUGUGAGGGAGGUGUUUGAGUCCCAUGAGCCUCUAGAACUAGUUUCUAUAAUGACGAUGGUCCAAAAAGUUAUACCUUUUUAUCCCUCUCUAGGACCUGUAGCCCAGGAUCAAUUGGUGCAGAUUGUUGGGAGAUCUUUUACGUUUUUUAGCCAGUUGGUUAGCUUUGUGCUUUCCAUGAGAUCAGAUCAAAGGGAAGUGAGAAUUUUUAAAACUGUUAUCCUAGAAGUUUUACGCAGAGGUGAAUGCUUUUAUCAAUACAUUCAAGAGUUAGAGAGUAAAUUAGAACGCAAUAGUCUCAACUCUUUAUUCUUCGGUAGUAAACUCUUCAACGUAUUGCUUUCAGAGAUUAAUAUUUUGGAGUAUUUGGAAAUUCUUAGAGUUCAAUGGGGGAAAGUUUUCAAGGAAUCAUCUUUCCAAGACGCCAUCUAUGGUAGUUUGUUCGUUUCUAUGAUUAUCCUGCAUCCAACUCUAUGUCCCGAUAUUGUAUUUGGCCAACUAGUGUUUAUUAGUGAUGAUCAUUGCAGCGGUUUCAAGAAACUAGUUAAAAAUUCUACGUUACUGGAUCAGCGAAGAACUAUAAGGUUUCUGCUGCUGUAUUUGCAAUUGCAUACGAAUUUAUCUAAUUAUCGAAGCGUCUGGGCAGCUCUAGAACCUUUACCUCUACACAAAACCGUGGAUUUGGAUACCUUGCUAACUCUUCGAUCUGACAUAUUGCAGGAGAUCGUAUUGAGGCAAAUGCCGAGAAUUCAGAACUCAAGUUUCGUAUUACCACUUAUUAGGAGGUUUGCAGAGUGUUCCAAUUUGGAUGAUCAAGUAUGUCGCAUCUUUGUCAUUAUGCUUAGACUCAAGAUGGAUUCCAGCGAGAGAAAAGCUGUUUCAAAGAAUUCAAGUUUUCUUGAUGCUGUCACCAAGAGGUUGGCUCAUGAGGAUGCUACCGUUAGAGAGAAGACCAUGUAUGUGGCUAAGCUUGUAACCGAUGGUCAAUUGCAAUACGAUAGUGAUUUUUCCAUAAACAUUCCUGAGCUAGAUAUCUCAGAUAUCUCAAACAUUCCGGAUUACACCACUUUGAGAGACUCCGAACCUUCCUUGGAAGAUACUAAGGCGUUAUCACCGUCAACACCACUAACGCAAGAAUUGGCUCGUCUAGAAAUUUCAGAAGAAUUAGAACCCAUUGUAUUUGUGAAAGAUUUAGUGAAAAAAUUCGAAUCUCAGGAGAAUAAACCACUCAUACCUCUUUUACAAUCUACGGUCAAACUGGUUCGCCAAAAGAAAGAUUUCCCAUUGGAAGUAGGAUUUUACUCAUCGGCAUUGUUACUCCACAUAUCCACACUGAACAAUGAUAUAGAUGAACCUAAUUUCGAAAAUUGGCGUAUCAAUGCUCUAGUGGGUUUGUUGGUGGUUACACCUGAAAAGGUGCAAGAUUUACAACGAAUCCUAUUCAAUUCAGAACUGUCACUGCAGCAACGUAUGUCAGUCCUCACCAGUAUGAGUUUUGCUGCAAGAGAAUUAAGAGGCUUCGAUAAUGGUUCAACAAUUGUUGCCCCUCAGUAUGAUUUCCCGACUGAACGUUUACCGUGGGAUCGUCCAUCGGCUAGACAUCAGUUGCACGAAGACGAAUACACAAACUCAGAACCAGUGAUAACCUCAUCCCAUCCCGUUUGGAGAUCAAAGAAGCUGGAUAAUGCUGCUCAAGUAAGCAAUAAAAACCAUUUUAAAGACCAUGCCCCCAUUUUUUUCUACCCGCUAGCGCACGGUUGGCUCAACGGUAUAGAACUAGGUACCUACGACAAGCUGUUCAAACGUCACUACAUGAAGACAACCGCAAUAGUUUACCAAUGUUGUCACCCUCAUAGGGACUACGAUGAGAUGACAGAAACAAUGCUUCAAUUGACUACUCAGGCUCUUCAACAAGGAAUCGAACCCUAG